AUGGGGGCUACCGACAUUGCCUCGCGCCUCAGAGCCAAGUUCACAAAGCGAAGGCAUUCGACUGCUGGCUCGCUGGCAUCGUCAGCUCAGAGCUUCACCGACACAACUUCGUCGCACGGCAGCCGCCCUUUCUGGGAUCGGGAUCGAGCUCGCCAGGGGUCUGGCGCUGAAGGGGACCGCUCCUCUCGCCGGGCCGUCAGCCAUUCUCGAGGUACCGCGAGCACAAGGCGUGGACUGACAUCAACGCCCGAUGGCUCCCAACAACAAGAUGAGAGUGAAGAGGUUGAGGUUUGCCCAAAAAGUUCAAAUAUAGCAAACUCAAUCGCGGAUGCGGACAGCUCCUCGGAGUCGGCGGUUCCACCGACUCUUGACCAUUCCACAACGCCAGACACAGCGACCAGUUCAGCGCUGAAACAGCCGGCCUCGCCUGAAGACCACCAGAGCCUCGGCGGCUCGCCGCUUACAACCGUCGCUAGCUCCAGUGACCAGCCUCUGCCGAGAAACGAUCUGCAAGGUUCCUCACACCCACUGCAACCUCGUCCGCCACGCUUGACUUCCCCUUCGUUCAAGCCAUUAGAUUCUUCGUCGCCCUCAUCGUCGCCAUCUCGACCGCGUCAGGCCAGCUCGAACCUCGGCCGCAUCCACGAAGACGCAACCUCCGCGUCGCCAGUGUCUCCAACGGCCCACCCAAGGUCGGUCCCUGACCUUGACUUGGACACUGGUGCUGAAGCUGCCCGACACCAUGACGACGAGCCGUUGAGUCCCGAUCAAGCCGCCGCACCCUCCUCUCCCAAGUCCGCCGCCAUUGCGCCCCUGACGCCGGCGCUACCUUCGACUUUUGCCCUGUCCCCUGGGCUCCCCCCGACCGCGGCUCCGUCGGUACCGGGUUCGCCAGCACCACGGCCUGCCCCGCCGCCGCGACGACAGAGCUUGCUGUCCAACCGUCAAACGACCUUGAUCAAGACACUCCUUCAUAACCAGCCUUCGACGAAUGAGCUGGUCGGUGAUAAUUCCACGCUCAUACCUAUUCACGCCAACAUGGUGACCCGUAAGAUCUGGGUCAAACGGCCUAAUGCCUCGGCCACGCUCGUUACCGUCAACGAGGACGAUCUCGUCGACGAUGUUCGCGACAUGAUUCUACGAAAAUAUGCAAACUCGCUCGGACGGACCUUUGAUUCUCCCGAUCUGAACAUUCGCAUCUGCCCUCGAGACCAACACCAAGAACGAUUCCUCAGCCCUGAGGAGCCUAUGGGCCGAACACUCGAUGCAUACUAUCCUGGCGGCCAGAGCGUCGAAGAAGCACUGAUUAUUGACAUUCCCCGGCGCCAACCCAAGGCCUCGCCUCGCCCUGCUGGGCCUGCUUAUAUCGGGAAUUUCUAUUAUAGUGAAGAUGGUCGGCCUACGGAGACUAGUGAGGGAUACUUCCCCAUUGUUGGCGCCCAUGCGGGUGCCGUAUCUUCACCACAUCCUCCAGCGCCUACCCAGUCGCAAUCUAAUACACAAGCACCGCACUCUAUCGCUGUGCUUGGUACCGGCCACAUCCCUCCCAUUCCAUCCCCUGGAGGUACUAGACGCGGAUAUCCACCUCAGCGCCCAAGAGGGGUCCGAACUCACACAUCGUCCCCGACAAUUCUAGCUAAUGGCUCGUCCACAUCAUUGGCCGCCGCUGCCACCGUGAAUCACGCGAAUCAUGGUACGCAACAUUUUAACCCGAGACUACCGCACUCGCGAACUCAUUCAAACUCGUCAGAUGCCCCUGGCAUGCCUCCAGCCGCCCCUCCUCUACCGACACCACCCGCUCCCGAGCCGACGCCAGUCCGUUCCGCAACCCCUCCGCCCGCGAUCUCGUCACCUCGACUUCCGAAUAGCCGUCCUAAGAAGAGCAAGAAGGCCGAGCAUCCGAACCUACCUCCGGGUAUGCUCAAUGGCGGGGUACCUCCCAUCAAUGUUCUCAUUGUCGAAGACAAUCCAAUCAACUUGAAGCUUCUGGAGGCCUUUGUCAAGCGGCUGAAGGUGAGGUGGUCAUCGGCCAUGAAUGGGCGAGACGCUGUCAAGAAGUGGAGAAGCGGCGGAUUCCAUCUGGUUUUGAUGGACAUUCAGCUCCCUGUCAUGAACGGCCUGGAUGCGACUCGGGAAAUUCGACGAUUGGAGCGAGUCAACUCGAUCGGCGUGUUCUCUUCUACUCCUAAUAGCAGUAGCGUCCCUGAGGAGAAUCCCGACGAGCUCAAGGAUCAGGAUCGACUCGAAAAUACGACUCUUUUCAAGAGCCCCGUCAUUAUUGUUGCUUUGACUGCUAGCUCCCUUCAAAGCGACAGACACGAGGCUUUGGCGGCCGGUUGCAACGACUUCUUGACCAAGCCUGUUAAUUUCGUUUGGCUUGAGAGGAAAGUCAUGGAAUGGGGUUGCAUGCAAGCCUUGAUCGACUUUGAUGGUUGGCGCAAGUGGAAGGAGCUUUCUCAAGAGGCCGAGAAGGACGAAGCCGCCAAGAAGGCGGCAGCAGUAGCAGCCAAGGCCAAAUCGAAAAAGAAUCGGCUGUCGAGCUCUAAGGCGAGCUGA